AUUAGUUCCUCUUGCCUCUAAAAUGUGUCCUAGUGACACUUAUAAAGUAUAUAAACAGGGCAGCAACGUGAGAAUCGAUACCACUUUAUUGGGAUUUGACCAUGCAAAUUGGCAACGUGGAAAUCGUAGUUACGUUUUUAAAGGACAAAAUGAUGGAGCAACAAUGAUGGAAGUAGAUCAUGAAACAAGAAAAGUGUAUGUCGAGCAUAUGAAAAUCAUCGAUGUUGAUAACAUACAGUUAAUGGAACCAGCAGAAGAGGGUGUAUUAGCUCGGCUUACAAAUCCAAUAGUUACUACAUAUAUAGAUACGGAUAAAAUUAGUUUUGAACGCAAUAAAGCUGGUUUAUGGGGAUGGCGAUCUGAUAAAAGCGAAGUAAUAAAUGGACAUGACUGUAAAGUUUUUAGUGCAAGUAAUGUAGAAUUAAUAACAAAAACUCGAUUAGAACAUUUAUCUGAGCCCGAUAAAGCGAGGGCCCGUGCACCUCGUACACCUCUUCAGUCAUUUCUUAGCAUAGCGGAGCAACAACAAGAAAACAGUAUUAGUGCAACUACUAGUGAAGAAUAUAGCAAUGUUGGAAAUCCUUGUAAUAUUACAGCUGAAGAAUAUUUUGAUCCAGAUGUUGAUUUAAAUGGAAGAGAUAUAGGUAGACCAAAAGAAGUUAAUACAAAAAUUCAGAAAUUUAAGGCAACUUUAUGGCUUAGUGAACAAUAUCCAUUGAGUCUUCAGGAACAAAUUAUACCAAUUGUCGAUCUUAUGGCAAUAUCUAGUUCACAUUUUGCAAAAUUGAAAGAUUUUAUCCAAAUGCAGUUACCUGCUGGAUUUCCUGUUAAGAUUGAAAUUCCUCUGUUUCAUAUACUAAAUGCAAGGAUAACAUUUGGAAAUAUAUUUGGUAUGGAUCAAGAAGUACCACAUGUUGGGCAUUUACAAGAAACUAAUAGAAUGACUUGUUUAGUUGAUGAUAUUUGUUUUGAAGCACCUGUAGGAUAUGUGAAACUGGGUGCUGAAGUUCGAACUCAAUUUAGUAUCGAAGAAGAAGAUGAUCUGUUACAGUUUGCUAUUCAACAAAGUUUACUAGAAGUUGGAAGCGAACGCGAUGAGGUUGACAUAUGGGAAGCUUUGAGAGCUCAAAAACCGUCUCGACCUACAACGCCUAACAUGACGACGGAAGAAGAAAGGCAAUUACAGAGAGCUAUUCAAGCAAGCCUAGCACUAUAUCAGGAGAAUUCUGCUGGAUGUGCCAGCGGUCGAAAUAACUCUAACAAAACGAAUGACGUAGAAGAUGCUGAUUCUCUAGAAGAUACGGCAGAACAACUCAGAUUGGCGUUAAGACUUUCGGAGCAACAACAAUUAGAAGAAGAACAACGUCGAUUAUUAGAAGAAGAAACGUUUCGUUACAGAUGCAGAUUAGGUACAAAAACACCAUACAGAUUUAUAUCAAACUAUGAUGAUUCACCUUUUGACUAUUCAGGUUGUAGUCCAACAAAAAUAUGGUUAAUUAUAAGACAUGGUACAAGAUAUCCUGGUAAAAAAUAUAUACCCACUAUGAUUGAAAAAUUGCCAAAAUUAAAACAAAUCAUUUUAGACAAUUAUAAAAUAAAUAAGACAAGUAUUACAGAGGAGGAUGCAGCUUUGUUUGCAAACUGGAAAGUUAAAUUUACAGAAAAUGAUAUGAUGAAGUUAGCGGAAGAAGGUGAAGAUGAAAUGAUUAAUCUUGGAGAAAGAUAUCAAGCUAGAUUUCCUACACUUAUGACAGAAAUUUAUGAUAACCAAAGUUACAAGUUUAAAUAUACUGCUACUCAACGUACUGAAGAAAGUGCAAAAAAUUUUGCAACUGGAUUAUUUGGCAGGCAUGGUAGCCGUAAAGUUUGGUAUCCAGAAGCAGAACAUAAGGAUCCUAUCUUAAGAUUUUAUAAAAGAUGUCAACGUUGGAGAUCUGAAGUGGAUAAAAACCCAGCUGCUCUAAUAGAGAAGGAAAAAUUUUUGAAGAGUAAUGUUUACAGAAAGAUGUUGCAAGAUGUCUCAAAACGUAUUGGUUAUCAAGUUGACCAAGAAACAGCACAUAUUAUGUACAUGAUUUGUGGGUUUGAAACUGCUUGGCAGCUAGAUACAGAAUCACCAUGGUGUAAAAUAUUUUCCAUGCAUGACUUCAAAGUACUUGAGUUUGCUGAAGAUUUAGAAUAUUAUUGGAUAGAUGGAUAUGGUCAUAAAUUGUCUUAUGAACAAGCAUGUCCUGCCUUAAGAGACAUGUUUGAUUUUUUUGAGUCAAACGAGGGACCAGUAGUAUCUGCAUAUUUUACUCAUUCAGGCACCAUUUUAAAGGUGUUAGCUUUACUAGGAGUCGCUAAAGAUGAUCAGCAUUUAACGCACGACGUAUUUUCAUUGUAUGCGGAUGAUAGAGCUUGGAGAACUAGUAUUAUAGAUUCUUUCGCCUCUAACAUCGCAUUUGUUUUAUACAAUUGUUCAGGGAUUCUCAGCGUUCUUUUUAUACAUCAAGAAAGACCACUAUUUUUGCCAGGCUGUCCUUUAAAUGUACCAUGUCCAUUAUCUAUCAUGAAAGCUCUCUAUCCUAAUCAUGAAGAAGAGUGUCAAUUUGAUACAAUGUGUUCCAUAAACUAACAAAUAUAAUUAAGGAAACGUACAAAAUGACCAAAAAUCCAUGACAUAUUAUAAAUACUUUUUAUAUUUUAUUAUACUGUAAUUCUUGUUUAUGUGAUCUAACUUGUCAUAGAUGAGGUAUAGAACAAAUAUAUGUGUGCUGGAGUCAAACAGAGCCCUCUACUUUUUAUAAAAGUGCUUGUUUGUCACUGGUUAUUAUUGAAUAAAUAGUAUAUAUUUAUUAUUUACAUAAAACUCUGUAUUGAAAAAUGAUUUUUACAUAACAAGGUGUCUAAAAG